UAAUAAGUAUUUUUUAAUUCAUUAGAAGCGCACAAGGACCAAACUAAUACAUCGUAAAAAAGAGGAACAAGCACGUAUACCACUUGAUAUGCCAACGACAGAUCCUGGCACGGAUCUACAACUAACAGACGAAGAAUUUUUCAUCGACAGAGAUAUACCAAGUAGUAAUACAAUGCCGCGUAGAAGCAGAGUAAUGGCUGCGCAGAUUGACACACGCCUUCGUUUCAAUUUUCAAGUUUUUGGUGACAAUGCCAAGCAAAUGCCGCCCGAACUUAUUAUAACGUCACCAACAAAGAAACCAAAUGAAGAUUGCGCUCAUGAAUCUAAAAUACCACCGAAUAUCACGCCUGAUAAAAACCGACCUACUGAACUGCCACUUAUAGGUUUGCCUGCCAGACGUACACACUCAUUUAAUAGUAUUAAUCAAAAUGCAAAGCACUUAUUGAAAUCUAGAACACAGAAUCCAUUUGAAACGUAUGCACAACAAGAACGAAAUAAGGAAUUAGAGUUGAAAUUGUCAUUGAAAAAGAAAGUCUGGACAGGCACAUCGCAGCAAAUUGUUGAUAAUAAACAUUCCUUAGAAUGGGGCUUGAAACCAAGAACACCCAUCAAAAAAACGAGUGUAAUCGCAAAGCCACCAAUUCGAUAUGAUGCAGAUGCAAUACUGAAUGGCUGCUCAAGAAAACUUUUGGAAAUACAGCAUCCAAUCCAAAAACUAAGAAAUGACGAUAUGCCAUAUGAAUUGACUUCACCAAGAAUAGUACAGAUAAUAACCAAAGAUACAGAUAAAGACCUUCCUUCCUGUAGCAAGCCACAGAAAAGUUCUUCCAAAGCAGACGUCAACAAAGCAAAGCCCAAACGCAAGAGAGCUGGUUUAACGAAAUUUAGUAGUGCCACGCAAAUAAUACGGCGCCUAACAAAGAACAAGUCAAGUGGUAACGUACCAGCACCCUCUCGUCCAAUAACUAAUAAUGUUUCCGUUGUCAAUGUCCAUAAGACUCGCAGUCAAGUUAAUAAAUUUAAGACUGGUGGUAUUGUAGCUACAGCAAUUCAGCCGAUUUCGAAAAAACCAAGAAAAAUACCAAGCAGUAUUAUCGCAAAACAAACUAACCAACAACCUGCCCUCACUGCAACGACUUUACAUCAUAAUCACAUAUCAAAACUGAGGCCAAUGCACGCUGCAGUGGAAGCCACCGAUUUCGUGCACAAAGUGAAAAGGAAGUUAAAGCAAGCCAAAGCCUGAGACACCUAGUUCCCAUAAACUAAUUUGUUGUUGUAAUUAUAAUAAAUUAAACCAAAAGUGUUUAUUUUCACAUAAGGAGGCCUUAUGAACGUUAUAAAACGGAACUGUUACAUUUUAUUAAUUUGAUGAAUGCAUAUAUGUAUAAAAUUUUCU